AUGUAUUUAAAAGAACGCUCUAUUGAUUUUCAUUUUAAUAUUUUAGCUUUUCAAUCACUGCACAUUGAUUCAACUAAAGAUGCCAAUAAAAACCUGAUAGAUACGAUUCAUGAUGCUGUUGAAUCAUUAUUUCUAAACAAUGAUUAUACUUUAUUUCUACGUUUAUGUCGUCCAUUCAUUAAGAAACGUCCAAAAUUACUUCAUGAUGCUUUGGAUAAUAAUUAUUCUGAUCUUUUAUUAAAAUUUAUUCCAAUUGCUUCAAUUGAUAUUCUUCAGCAAACAAAUGAACUUGGUGAAACUGUUCUUUUACAUGCUUUACGUCUCAAUCAGAUAGAAAUUAUUCAAACUUUAUUACAACGAAAUAAAUCAGAAGAACUUAUUCAAUAUAUUGAUGACAAAAGAAAUAAUAUUUUUCAUUUAAUUGCAUCACAUUCAAUUUCAUUAGAAAUAUUUGAUUUAUUAAUUAAUUAUCUUCAUGAAAAAUUAAUUUCUAUUAAAGAAAAAUUUGAUCAUUUUAAUCAAGAUUAUCAAACACCAUUACAAAUAGCUAUUUCAAAAAAUAAUCUAUUACUUACAAAAUCUCUUUUGCCAUAUUCUAAUACUAAUAUACACGAAAUAAAGAAUCGUACAGGUGAUAAUCUUAUUCAUCUUGCAGUUCGUUCUGGAGAUUUAGCAAUGAUUAAAUAUUUAAUUGAAGAUGGUAAAUUAAUUAAACAAGGUAAUCAAUCCAAUUUAACAAUGACACCAAGUGAAUUAGCUCAAUCACUUAAACAUGAUGACAUACUGAAAUAUUUAAAUGAAAUAUAUCCUCAGGAAGAAAUUGAUGAUGAUUCAAGUUCAGAUGAUAAUUAA